AGUGGCGCUUACAGAGGCUAGGCUAGCUCAUUUAUUUUUCGAUAAUUUCGAUGCAUUUAUGUUUGCAUAUUAAGAGGGGAUAAGUUUGUAAAUUAUAAAGCACCAUUGGCAUCUUUUGCAACAUAACGGGUACAGCGAUAAGCGUGCAACAAUCCCUAUGUAAACGGGGCUAUAUUGUUACCUAGGUAGGUACGUACCUACUCAUAUUCGCGUUUUUCACCGAAAACGUCCACAAGUUCACAUCGCUCCAAAUACGAAAAAAAAUCCAUUUUCCAUGCAAGGUGCUUACAGGCAGUAGUGACCGAAGUAGCGAUGAGCAGUGAACCGUAUUACCUGGUCGUCCCGCGACCCCGGCACCGUUUAGUAGUGGCCCAGAUUCCAGAAGGCCGGCUGGAGUUCGGUCGAUAGUAUAAAGCGUAGCCUGGAUACUCAGACCGUACACAAACACAACACACAGCCCCCGCGCGGCACGCAUAUAGGUACCUAGUGGGACUUGGGUCCGAGCUUUGAGAACUUCCAGUACAAGUGUAGCUCAAUGCUCAACACAGCUAAUUUAGUGGAAUAACGGGCAUUGGGUGGCCUAACUAAGGCAGAACACGGAAGUUCUCUGGCCAAACGGUCAAGCAAAAGCCGGCGUGGCUGGACUCCAGGACCAGGCUCGUGAUGCUGAAAGCUGCCGAAAUAGCGCCGUUUCUCCGUAAGAAGACGGUCCGGUUCGCUGACGACGAGCAUCUGCUGCUGCCCCCUCACUCUCGGCUGAUGCCGGCUGUGCUGGAGCGCAGGAUCAGCCGCGGCCGCCGGUUGCGGCUGCCGGGCGUGCUGCUGCGCCUGAUGCCGCUGCUGGUGCUGCUGGUGCUGACCACGGCGCUGCUGCUGCACUCCGGCAGCAGUCGCCCAGUGAGAGUCCGUGUAGGGCCGGUCCGGCCCGCCGCGCCCUCCUACACCACCUGGCUGGCCGGCCUCAGCCCGGAGCUGGCGGCGCCGGCGCGGCUCCAGCGGACGGUGCUGUUUCGCGACGAGCCGGUCAGGUUCAACGACUCUGCACCGGCGCACGUGCCCUGGCCGAGCGAUCCCGACUGCCGCAAUUUUGUUACCAGAUUUUCCCGUGAGAAGGAGCUGCCCCCAGUGGCCCUACUGUCUCUCCCCGGCAGCGGAGCGACGUGGCUGCGAUACCUCAUAGAAGGCUCCACCGGAAUAUUCACCGGCAGUGUCCACCACUUCACCGAGCUCUACGAUAAAGGUCUGCUGGGAGAGCUGGCGCCGGAGACAGACGGCAGCACCCUCGUGCAGCAGACCCACCGCGGACCGUACGUCGGCGAUCAGCACGGGCACACUGACGACGUCCCACUCGCCCUCGAAUUUAAAGUGCCAAAGGUGGUGCUGCUGCUGAGGAACCCGUACCGGGCGCUGGUGCACGCGCGCGGACUCGAGGCCGGCCACCGGGACGACCUGCCGCCGUCCCGGCUGGUGCGCGGCACGCGCUGGCACCAGUUUGUCCGGCUGCAGCUGCAGCAGUGGCUCUUCAAGGUGCAGCUGACGCUAGGCAUCUCUGAGCGGGUGCACGUGGUCCACUACGAGGAGCUGCAGGCGAACCCAGAGGCCGCCCUGCUGGCCGUGCUCGAGUUCCUCGAGCUGUCGGCGCCGGAUCGGGCGCGACUCGACUGUCUGAGUGCGCACGGCGACGGUCCGACGCGGCGCGGCCUCGACGCCGCCGUGGCAGUCGAGUUCGCGUUCCGGGAGCCGGAGCUGCGCCGACUGGUGGACAAGCACAUCGAGGCCGCGGAAGAGCUGCUCGAGGAGCACACGGCCCGCCUGCCACUCGAAAAAUACGAGCUGUACGGCGCCGAGGGCCGGCCGCCGUGACGACCGAGUCGGAGAAAGGCGGCCGCGGAACGCACUGUGAACGGGAGGAGAGC